AUGGAGGUUGCCAUAUCUGCAAUCACAGGUGAACUCGUUAGCCGGUUCAUCUCCUUCCUGAUGAACAAGUAUCACUCCUCCAGCAAUGCACAAGCAGAGGAGAAGAAAAUGGUGGAGAGGUUGCAGCAUCUUCUGAUGAGAGUUGGCACCGUCAUCGAGGAGGUGGACACAUGGUACCUAACCAACUUUGGGAUGAUGAUGCAGCUCAGGACACUAUCAGAGGCCAUGUACCAUGGACACCGCGUGCAUGACACCUUGAGGUACCGAUCCGCCCUCCAAGACAGUGAAGACUUCGACGAGGUUAGCAACAACAACUCAACUAGCAGCUUGUAUUUAGCCAUCCCCCACAAGCGCCCUCGAAAAUUAACUGACAAAGAUGAGGAUCUCAAGCCACGUGGUGCCUUGGAAAGCUUAGAAAAGGCUGUUGCUAACAUGGCCGAAUUUGUUGUGCUUCUGGGUGGAUGCAAGCGCAUAUCUCCUAGACCUUACGAUGUAUAUCUUUACACUGAGAAUUUCAUGUUCGGCCAACAUUCUGAGAAGCAAAGGCUCUUGAGCUUCUUGUUGCAGCACAACGACUCUCCUGGUGAUUAUGCACUGGCCGUUCUUCCAGUCAUAGGUGGCACUGCAGUUGGGAAGAAGACUUUGGUUGCUCAUGCGUGUGCAGAUGAAAGGGUUCGCUCACGGUUCUCCUCCAUUUUGCAUUUAAAUGGAGACAACCUUAUGAGGAUUGACCAGGGAAGGACCAUGUUUGGGAUGAUGUUGGUAGUUAUUGAGUUUGCUUCUGAUGUAGGUGAUGAUGAGUGGAAAAAUUUUCAGUCAUUUGUUAUGAGAAUGGGCAGAGGAAGCAAGAUCAUCAUCAUAAGUAGGCUUCAACGGUUAGCCCGAUUCGGAUCGGUGAAACCGGUUUUCCUAGGCAUUUUGACUUACGACGAGUUGAGGUACCUUUUCAAGAUGCUGGUAUUCGGAAGUGUAGACCCUGCAGGACAUCCUUGCCUAGCACAAACAGCAGAUGAAUUUACCAAGGUGUUGCACAGUAUGCAAGGUUCACUUGUCGCAACAAAUAUCUUCGCGGAUCUGUUGAGAAUGAACCUCGAUGUUCAGUUUUGGCGUUCCAUAUUGGACAAAGGGUUAAGAAUGGUUAAAAGGAACAUCUUGAUGUAUGGUGCAAACCCAACCAUGCUUGAACAACAAGGGCAACCAGUAGAUAUAACAGACUUUGCUUUGCAUCCACUUAGCAUGACACGUUAUCCAAUUAAGGCUUCAAUCAAGGAGGAUUUGCCAAGUGUGACACUUAGGGAACUUGUACCAGAUCCUAGUGUUAGACCUAAAGAAGAUUUCAUUCUAGUUUUAUGGGAAUCAAGGAUACCCCCUCACAAUUCAUUUUCUCAUUUUAUUACAAGUCGUACUCAGGAAACACAUAAAGGUAGUAGUGCCUUGCUAGGGAGGAAGCGCCGAGAAGUGCCAAUCUAG